UUGCAGCAGGCUUGAGGCCCAGAUUUUGCUGCUAUCUCUCUCACUCGCUCACUCCCAAAAGCCAAACAUAAUCUUGUAGUGUACUUCUCAUCACUUUUUCAAACAAACACAUGAAACCACACUUAUUAAACUAAACUAAACCAAACAAAUAAUAAUAAUAAUUAUGCACUAAAACAGAUAAAUAGUUGAGAAAGAUCAAAAGGGUAUUCUUUAUUUUUAUAUAUAUAUUUUCAGGUGGGCAACCAUGGAUGUAGGUUUACAUAUUCAUAAUAAUACACCAUCUUUGUGUAGUGCAAAAACAGUUGUAAAGAUUGGACCUUUUAUUGGGUCUCAUACUUCAACAAGAACAAACUUGUUUUCACAGUUUACGCAAUCUUGUUCAUGGUACAAAUAUUCUGCGAUUGCUGGGUUCUCGCAUCAAAUUAUUGCAAGUUCAGACUUUUCUAGAAAGAGACGAUAUAAGUUGUCCACACCAAGAGCAAAUGACUCUGCACCAAAGGGAUUUAAGCCGAAACAAAGCAGUUCAAAAAGAGAUCAAAAGGCAGUUGAAGGAAAAGAAGUUCUAAAUCCUUCUAUUUCUACAGAGGUUGUGAGUCCCUCAAAAAAGGAAAGUAAAAUCCAAGUAAAAAUUGAUGAAGUUCCUCAGUACAGUCAAAGUGUAGAAAAGGUAAAAAUUGAUAUGACAGAUGAAGCAAGAGUAUCAGGUUCACAAAAAGAUAGUCAAAUUGAAACUUUAAGUAGUGAAAAUGAAGAUGACGAGGAGUCUUUACGAAUAUUAAAGUUAGAAACGGAAGCACGUUUACUUAAACAGCAGAUAGAAGAGGAGUUGCGUAAGAAACAGAUGAAAGAGGAGCUGCGUAAGAAGCAGAUGGAAGAAGAGCUGCGUAAGAAGGAACUGGAAGCUAAUUUAAGAAUUCAAGAACUCAAAAAGCUUGCUAACGAGACUCUUGUUAGUGGUGGAAAAGUAUUUCAUUAUCCUAGAAUCGUAACACCUCAUCAAGAUAUAGAAAUAUUUCUUAACAGAACUGUUUCAAGUUUAUGUGAUGAGUCGGAUAUCUUGAUAAUGGGAGCUUUUAAUGAUUGGCGGUAUAAAUCUUUCUCUGUAAAGUUAACCAAGACAAAUUUUGGUUUGGAUUGGUGGUCUUGCCAAGUCCAUGUUCCAAAAGAAGCAUACAAGAUGGAUUUUGUGUUUUUUAACGGGAAGGAUGUUUAUGAAAACAAUGACAUGAAGGAUUUUUGUGUACUUGUAGAGGGUGGAAUGGAUGUGUUUGAAUUUGAAGAGCUAUUACUUGAGGAAAAACGAAGAGAACUUGAAAGACUUGCAAAAGUACAGCUUGAGAGAGAGAAACAGCUGGAAGAACAAAAACGGAUUGAAGCAUUAAAGGCAUCCAGUGAAGCAGAUAGAGCGCAGGCUCAAGGUGAAGCUGAGCGAAGAAGGGGAAUACUUGAAGAACUUUUGGUAAAGGCGAGGAAGUUUGAUGAAAAUGUUUGGUACAUAGAGCCCAGUGAGUUUAAAUGGGAAGAUAAGGUUAAGCUAUAUUAUAAUAAGAGUGUGGGUCCACUUGCAAAUGUUAAAGAUUUGUGGAUUCUUGGAGGUUAUAAUAAUUGGAGGGAUGGUCUGUCUAUUGUUGCAAAACUUGAGAAGUUUCAGAGGAAAGAUGGUGGCGAUUGGUGGUAUGCUGAUGUUGUUGUCCCCAAUCGUUCACUAGUCUUGGAUUGGGUGUUUGCUGAUGGUCCGCCUCAGCAUGCCACCAUGUAUGAUAACAAUGAUCGUAAAGAUUUCCAUGCGAUUGUCCCUAUAACCAUUCCUCAAGAUCUCUUUUGGGCUGAGGAAGAACAUGAGAUUUACAAGACACUUCAAGCUGAAAGAAGGAUUAGAGAAGAAGAAAUACGUGCUAAGGCUGAAAAAACAGCACGUUUGAAAGCAGAAGCGAAAGAAAGAACUAUGAAAACAUUUUUACUGUCACAAAAGAACAUAGUUUACACCGACCCUCUUGAUGUCCAAGCAGGAGGCGUUGUGACGGUUUUCUACAAUCCUACGAACACGGUGCUCAAUGGGAAGCCUGAAGUAUGGUUUAGAUGUUCUUUUAACCGUUGGACACACCGCAUAGGCCUUUUGCCACCUCAAAAAAUGUUGCCUGCAGACAAUGCAACACAUGUCAAAACAUCAGUUAAGGUCCCACUAGAUGCGUAUGUGAUGGACUUUGUAUUUUCUGAGAAGGAAACUGAUGAUGGUGUUUUUGACAAUAAAAAUGGGAUGGACUACCAUAUACCCGUGUUUGGAGCAAUUACAAAGGAACCCCCAAUGCAUAUCGUACAUAUUUCUGUUGAAAUGGCUCCCAUUGCAAAGGUGGGAGGCCUUGGUGAUGUGGUGACUAGUCUUUCUCGUGCUGUUCAGGAUUUGAACCACAAUGUCGAUAUCAUUCUUCCAAAGUAUGAUAUCUUGAAUCUAAGCAAUGUGAAGGACUUUGGUUUCCAUAAGAGUUACUCAUGGGGUGGGACUGAAAUAAAAGUUUGGUUUGGGAAAGUUGAAGGACUUUCUGUCUACUUUCUAGAGCCCCAAAACGGACUCUUUUGGAAAGGAUGCAUUUAUGGUUGCAACAACGAUGGUGAAAGAUUUGGUUUUUUCUGUCAUGCUGCUCUUGAAUUCCUUCUUCAAAGUGGAUCUCAUCCUGAUGUGAUUCAUUGUCAUGACUGGUCUAGUGCACCCGUUGCUUGGCUGUUUAAGGAUGAGUAUAUGCAUUAUGGACUGAGUAAAGCACGAAUUGUCUUCACCAUUCAUAAUCUUGAAUUUGGGGCUAAAUUGAUUGGGAAGGCAAUGGCCUAUGCCGACAAGGCUACUACAGUAUCUCCGACUUACUCAAAAGAGGUUGCUGGAAAUCCUGUGAUUGCCCCUCACUUGUACAAGUUUCAUGGAAUACUUAAUGGCAUUGACCCAGACAUAUGGGACCCAUAUAAUGAUAAGUUACUUCCUGUGAGUUACACUUCAGAAAAUGUGGUGGAAGGCAAAAAGGCUGCCAAGGAAGCCUUGCAACAGAGUCUUGGUUUAAAACGAGCUGAUCUACCAUUGGUUGGAAUCAUCACUCGUUUGACUCAUCAAAAAGGAAUUCACCUUAUUAAACAUGCCAUUUGGCGGGCCCUGGACCGUGGCAGUCAGGUUGUGUUGCUAGGCUCGGCUCCUGAUCCUCGAAUCCAAAAUGAUUUUGUUAAUUUGGCUAGUCAACUACAUUCUACACAUAAUGACCAGGCACGACUAUGUUUGACCUAUGAUGAACCUUUAUCUCACUUGAUAUAUGCUGGUGCAGAUUUCAUCUUAGUCCCUUCAAUAUUCGAGCCUUGUGGGCUAACUCAACUCACAGCAAUGAGAUACGGUUCGAUACCUAUUGUGCGCAAAACUGGAGGACUCUUCGAUACUGUUUUUGAUGUUGAACACGAUAAAGAAAGAGCACAAUCACAAGGACUUGUACCAAAUGGUUUUAAUUUUGAAGGGGCCGAUGCUGCUGGUGUUGAUUAUGCCGUCAACAGGGCAAUUUCUGCAUGGUAUGAAAGUCGGGAUUGGUUCAAUUCAUUAUGCAAACAGGUGAUGGAGCAAGAUUGGUCAUGGAAUCGACCGGCUCUUGAUUACCUUGAGCUCUACCAUGCGGCUCGAAAAUGAAGGAAUUAACAACCUGAAGAAAAAAACAGGGUUUUAUUAGUUAAAAUUACAGCCAGCCAUAGAAUAAUUUUGUACAGGUCUACAUUAUCUUUUUCGUUAAUUUAGUGUUAAUGUGGAAAAUGGAUGGAAAUACAUGUAUAGCUUGUUUUUACAUUUAAAUAAAGAGGUUUACUGUUUUGUCUA